AUGAGAAGUUUGAGUUGUGGUUCUGAAUUUGUUGGUGAAGAGGUUAAAUGAUCAGAUGAUGUCAGACUCUGGAUCAGUGAAGUUCUGAUUAUAGCCCAGGCUAUCUGUCCCAUCACCUGAUUUUCUUAGACAAGAAAACAUUUAUCACAUUAUGUACAGUCUUCACCCAGAUCAUUUAUUUUGUGUUUGAUGGCAACAUACAGCUGUACUGCUGGAGGCAAUGCUGUGCUUGAAAAUUUUAGCAUUUUAGCAUUAUGCUUUUGAGCUUUAGCCUUAAAACAACAGCUACGACAACAACAAAAUUACGUUCAAAAAGUAGAAUUAUCCUUGACUGAUCUUGGCAGACAUGUAUGCAACAUUAAUUUUUAUUGUAUCAGUUACAAACUUCAAACUGGCAGCCAUGAUGGAUAGAUAAUUGGCCAGUCUUAGCAACCUAACAAAAUGUUACAACUGUGCAACAAGACAUUGAAAGUAGCAAUCAAGCCUUUGACUAUGUUAGUCCUCACUAAAAGCACUUGGAAGUAAACAUUUCUCAAUACAGUUUGGAAAUACUGUAAAAUUCUGAAAAUAAGCCCCGGGGCUUAUAUUUUUCAAAGGCCUUUUUUGAGGGGCUUAUUUUUGGAGGGGCUUAUAUUCAGAGGGGCUUAUCUACGGAGAGAAAUUUGCAUUUCAAAAUCGAUUAGGCUAGCCUUGUAGUUCGAAGUAAAUUUACCGUUUUUGCUUUGUGUUAUUUUGUAUUUGAGGGCAAUUUUCCAAGUACAAGCCCCCGGGAGGCUUAUAUUUGGAGGGGCGAUUUAACGGAGGUUUUUUUUGCGUCACGAGUUUGGGGGGCUUAUAUUUGGAGGGACAUAUACGUGGAGGGGCUUUUUUUCGGAAUUUUACAGUGUUAUGAUUGUUUUCAUUAUAAUUCUCUUUAUGCUGAAAAACUUGAUUCUCUGACUAUAGAAUUAUGCCCAAAAUUAUGCUGGCAUAAUUUACCUAACCCUAGUGGUGGAUUAGCAUCCCAUUCCAUGGGGAAGGGGGGAGGGGGUGAGUUCUGAUACUCCUUGGUGCUUCAUGCAUCUCCAAUCAAGAUACUCCCUAACUGUGCAGACCCUUUGGCUUGUUUUAAGGACCUCUCCCAUCCAUGGGGGUGGACUACCAUCCAAUCUAGGGGGGGGGAGGGGGUGGAGUUGUAAUAUUCCUUUCUUGAUGCUUCACCUCUCUCCAAUUAAGAUAAGCUUUUGUUGUGCAGGCCCUUUGCUUGUUUUAAAUACCUUUCUUGUCCAGGGGAGUAGACUACUAUCCAAUCCAUGAUGGAGAGAGGGGGUGGGGGUGGAGUUGUAAUAUUCACUCCAUAUAUGGUGCUUUAUGCUACACCAUUGCUUUGCAGGCCCUUUAGCUUGUUUUAGGUACAUCUUUUGGAAUAUUGAAAAGGUUGCUGAUUCCCUCCCCACCCCCCGCCCCUGGACUCAAGAAAUUAAGUGGGUAAUUGAUAUAUGUAUAGUCCUCAGUUCUCAGUGUGGAACUCAGUCUAAGCAGAUGCAGAAAGGUGUUGUCAAGACAGUCUUGGCAAAGUACCUCAUCUCAGUCAAAUGAAAGACAAUAAUUAUUAUCCUUGAGUUUUUUAACUUACAUUGUGUAAUUACAGUUUGUAUGAAUUUAGUAUCUCGUCAUUUAAGUAAACCCUUUAGUAAAUUAAUGUUACUCUUUUUUUAGGAUUUUUCAUCCUUUCCUAGCACAGCCUCUACAUCGCAGGAAGACCACGAAAUCGAUUCAGGAUCCACUUCCUCCAGGAAAUUGAGAGUUACUCUGUUAAGCAGUGAAUGGAGAUCAACAAAAGGAGGCUUGUCAACCAUCAACCGAGAGCUGGCCAUUUGGUUGGCAAAACACCCCAGCGUGGAGGUCAGUGUUUAUCUUCCUCAGUGUAGUGAAGAGGAUAAACAAGUUGCCAGAGAUCACAAUGUCCGCCUCAUUAAAGCAAGAGAAAUGCCAGGUUUAGAACCAAAUUUCUGGUUGUCUUGUCUGCCAGAAGACCAUGCUGUGGACUGUGUGAUAGGGCAUGGGGCUGUUCUAGGUCGGCAAGUGCAGUUUAUCAAGCGAACUCAUCCUUACUGUAAAUGGAUUCAAAUCGUUCAUACCGCUCCAGAGGAACUUGGAAUGUACAAAGGAUAUGAAGAACGCAUUUCCAAAGGUGAGAAGAAGCACCAAGUGGAGAUUGAACUUUGUAAAUUGGCUGAUCAAGUUGUAGCAGUUGGUCCUAAGCUGGCUGAAGCUUUCUCAGGUUAUCUCCGUCCGUUUGGAAAGGAUCAAGAUGUUUUUAAUCUUACCCCAGGCAUCUUCUCAGAAUUUUCUGAUGUAAGGCAAGCCACUGAAGAAAGAAAAACAUUUAGUGUUUUAAUGUUCGGACGUGGUGACAAGGAAGAUUUUCAGCUAAAAGGAUAUGACAUUGCUGCCCAAGCCAUUGCUGAGUUGAAAGACGUGACCUACAAACUUGUGUUUGUUGGAGCAACAAGCGGAGAAGAAGAGAAAGUAGCAGACUUGUUACUCCAGCAAGGCAUUGACUGCAGUCAACUAACUGUGCGUUGUUUCAAUGAAAACAGAGAGCAGUUAGCUCGCUUGUUUUGUGAAGUAGAUCUUGCUAUAAUGCCAUCCCGAACUGAGGGCUUUGGUCUAGCCGCCCUUGAGGCUUUAUCUGCUGCUCUGCCUGUGCUGGUCAGUGGGAACUCUGGUCUUGGCGAGGCCUUAAAGGAAGUUCCGAUUGGUUCAAAUUGUGUGGUAAAAUCAAAAGAUCCUAAAGAUUGGGCCAAUGCAAUAAGAGUUGUUCGGGAGAAAAAAAGGAAGCUGCGACUGAGAGAGGCGAAGCUUCUUCAAGGAGAGUAUGCAGAGAUCUACAGCUGGCAGGAUCAUUGUAAUAGACUUGUGGAACGAAUGCUUGCCAUUUCUCAAGGUAACAGGCUCACAUUGUUAAUAUUUAAAGUGGCAUGUAUAUUGUGCACUGCUGGCAUUAGGAAGUGUAGGUUCACGCCAUUACAAUGACAACAGUAGUGAGAACCUAACCUUAACAAAUUUUUCCCAUCACUUUUAAUAACUCCACCUCAGAAGUCCGCCUACAUUUGACAAAUUGAGAGAGUUGUUAAAUAUCGCGAUACCUUUUAAAGAACGCAUAUUUACUUUUUUCGGUGACGUCUUAUUUCCAACCCUGGGGCUCAGAAGGAAAAUUAAUAAUUGUAUUGUUACCCUUUUUGUAGGUCCCAAUGCGGAUGAGCAGAAUUUAUCAAAGAAAGCCACCGUGAUCUGUCAAGAUGAAAACCCCUCUUCUUCUGAAAAACGUCUUCGUAAAGGUACACUUGAA